AUGACAGGCAAUCAAGAAGUUUUCACAGGAUAUGCAGGAUUAGAACCCUUUGUUUUAAAGGAUGAAAAGACGCACUUGCAAGUCUACAAGUUUGAACCAAGGCCUUUAGACGCCGAUGAAGUAGAGAUUCAGGUUGCUGCAUGUGGCAUCUGUGGAUCAGAUGUGCACCAAUUAACAAAUGGCUGGAAACGCGCAAACUAUCCCUUGAUUGCGGGUCAUGAAUUCAUUGGCAAGGUAACUGCUGUUGGAGACCAAGUAAGCAACAUUCAAUUGGGACAGAGAGUCGGCGUCAGUCCUGUAUGUCGAUCCUGUGGAGACUGCAUCCAAUGUAAUAGCUCUCAUUCGCAAUUGUGUCCAAACAAAGUGACAACAUAUAAUGGAAAAUACAAGGGAAUCUCUACAUUUGGUGGUUAUGCUGAUAAGGUCAGAGUGCAAGCUGCUUGGGCCAUCCCAAUUCCUGAUAACAUCAGCGAUGCAGAAGGUGCUCCAUUGCUGUGUGCUGGUAUUACUACCUACCUUCCAUUCAAGCAUCAAAGCAUUGGCCCUGAGACCUCAGUGGGUGUCAUUGGUAUUGGAGGAUUAGGACACUUGGCAAUUCAGUGGGCAAAAGCCAAGAAAUGCCCCAAGAUUCUCGCCAUCUCUACAUCAACUAGCAAACGGGAAGAUGCUACUAAACUCGGUGCUACUGAUUUUUUAGUUUUGGACAAGGAUGGCAAUUUUGAGGAACAGUAUGCCAGAAGUGUCGAUGUGCUUUUGGUCUGUGGAUCAGGUAAAUCAACCAACUGGGGCAAAUUGAGCGAGCUUAUCAAGACCCGCGGUAAAAUGAUACUUAUUGACGUUCCUGAUGAGCCUAUCCUCUUACCUGCUGCUGCUCUUGUCUAUCAGCAUAUCAGUUUGAUUGGUACAUUUGUCGGUAGUAAUGAUGAUUUGAAAGAGAUGCUUGAAUUCGCUAGCCAAACAGGCGUGCGUCCAUGGAUUCAAACAGUCGAAAAUACUUUGGAAGGCGUGAAUGGUGGUAUCAAAGACUUGAUCAAUGGCAAAGCUCAUUACCGCAUCGUUAUCAACGGAGAAGGUCGAUAA